AUGGCCUUAGAUGCAGCUGUGACCAAGGACGGCUACGAAGUUCAAUUUGCCACUAACCAUAUCGGUCACGCAUUACUUAUCAAACUUCUUCUACCUAUGAUGCUCCGGACAGCAGAGCUCCCAGAUUCGGAUGUUCGCAUAAUCAACAUGGCCUCGACUGCCUACAAGACAGCGCCCAGCGAGGGUAUCGCUUUUGGAAGCUUGAAGACGAACCAGGAUGGUCUUCGUGGCAUGAUAGGUGGGAAAUGGACACGGUAUGGGCAGAGCAAGCUAGCCAAUAUCCUCUAUGCGAGAGAACUUGCAAAGCGCUAUCCCAGUAUCAAAACGGUGUCUGUACAUCCUGGUUACAUCAAGACGGAUAUCUUCUCGGGUGUAUCAUUCUUGACGGCGCUGCCUGUGAGAUUAGGAGUGAUGCUAGGUUCAGCAUGGACACCCGUGGAAGAAGGUCCAUACAAUCAGACAUGGGCUGGCACAACAGCUCGGGAAAAUCUUGAGGAUGGUGCUUAUUAUGUACCCAUUGCGAAGAAGGGUAGUCUUGACACGAAACAAGCGCGAGACGAUGCGUUGGCAGAGAAGCUAUGGGAUUGGACCCAGAAAGAAUUGGAGGCGUUCUCGUAG